UGUCGACAUCAGUCGCUGACUCGCGAUCGCUGCGGCUCGUGUUGCAAAAUGGAUCUCCAAAGUGCCCUGGAGAAGUGCGGCAACUUUGGCCCGUACCAAAUCCUGCUGCUGGGUCUGUUCGGAUACACGAAUAUAGUGUCUUCGCUGCACUACUUUUCGCAGACCAUCAUUAGUUUCACGCCAUCGCACAGAUGCUCUCCACCGAAAGAAGACUUCCCGGGGAAUUCCACGUAUGCCACUUCCCUGCUGACCUGCAGUGUUACCCAAUACGAUGAAGAUCUGUCCUCUUUUCGGGACUACAAGUGCUCCUCUUGGGACUUUGAAAAAGAAAGCAACUACGAGAGCAUUACCACAGAGCUCGAGUGGGUCUGCGACGACGCCUACAAACUGGCUGUGGGUCAGUCCUUCUUCUUCAUUGGAUCCGCCCUGGGCAGUAUAUUCUUCGGAUACUUGGCCGAUCGCAUAGGACGACUGCCAGCCUGCGUUCUGUCCACUUUGACAGGAGCCUCUGGUGACUUCUUUACUUCAUUUGUGGGAGGCCUUCCCUGGUUCUCCUUCACCCGCUUCAUUUCCGGUCUCUCUAUGGACACACAGUAUGUCCUUAUGUACAUCUUGGUUUUCGAGUAUCUGAGCCCACAACACCGCACCUUCGGGCUCAACAUAAUCUUGGGGGUCUUCUAUUGCAUCGGUCUUAUGAUUUCCCCAUGGAUUGCCAUUUGGUUGGGCAACUGGCGGAGCUACCUGUGGGCAGCCUCUCUUCCAGCCCUCGGAAUGCUGCUCUUCCCUGUGUUCCUCCACGAAAGCGCCGAGUGGCUGUUGACCAAGGGAAAGUUCGAUAAGGCAGUUAGUAACCUAAAGAGCGUCGCCAAGUUCAAUGGACGCCAAGUGGAGGACUCUGUUUUCGAUGAGUUCAUCAAAUACUAUCGCGAGAAGCUAAGUAAUGGGCAGAAGAAAUCUUCGGAUACCUUUACGGGCAUGCUAAGAACGCCAAGACUUAGAAAGUUCACCAUUAUUCUGUUGAUCAAAUCAAUGAUCAUUACCAUAGCUUUUGACAUCCUAAGUCGCAAUGUGGAAGGCGUGGGCAUUUCCCCCUUCGAGCUCUUUUCCUACUCGGGAUUCUGCUACCUGCCCGCCGGCCUCGCCAUUAUCCUGUUCCAGAACAAAAUCGGACGAAAGGGCAUGGCCUGUGCCUCGCUUUUUGUGGGUGCCAUAAUCACGGCGACCACUGGUUACUUGAUAGCCACCCUCGAUCCAGCGGACUACUCAGUUCUCUUGGGAUUCAUGGUGAGCCUGGGCAGAUUCGGAGGGGUGGUCGCCUACGACGCGGAGGCCCAGUACGCGGCGGAGAUUAUUCCAACCAGCGUGCGAGGACGAGGGGUGGCCAACAUCCAUGUGGUGGGCAAUGCCUUCGCCUUCUUCAGCUCCUACGUGAUCUACCUGGGAACUUUCUACAGGCCGUUGCCGUCUCUUCUGAUCAGUUUCAUUAUGCUGGUCGGCAGUUGCUUGUGCCUAACUCUUCCCGAGACAUUGCACAAACAACUCCCACAGACCCUGGAGGAGGGCGAGGUAUUCGGCAAGGGCGAGAAGUGGUACUUCUUCCCUUGUUUUUCACGGAGACAGCAAACAAAUGAAUCCGAGUCUCAGUUGGAGUCUGCCAGCCAAAUUACAAAGUAGUUAUAAUGUAUAAUGUUCAAGUUGUAUAGUAUAGUAUAAUAAAGCAAUUAUCUUUUCAUACAAAAGUACACACUCAA